GGGUAACGUCCCGGCAGAUACGUCCCAUGACGAAUUUUGGCGUUUUCUUCACCAGCCUCCAGUUUCUUCGCCCUCUAUCUCUACAUCGGGUAAAAUGUCUUCGAGUCAAUUGGGUGAUACUGGAAUAACAUCGAUCUUCCUCAUCGCUCGUUCGAACUGUGCUUUUGUCAAUUGUGAUUCGGAGGAGCAUUUGCACGCCGCAAUUGCACGAUUCAAUGGAGUUCCACUCAGGACGCACGAUUCUCGAUGUCCGAGAUUAGUUUGUCGGGUCAGAAAGCCUGAUGAUGAUCUUAGGGCUGGAGUAGGAGGGCAAAGGGGGAUAGGUAUGCACAUGCGCUGGGUACAGGAACAGGUCCGUCGAACUCAAGAGACUGAAGAUCCUACGUCGAGUGUCUCAUGUAGCCCAAUUGAUGCUGUCGGCCAAUUUUUAAGGCCUACCACCUCUUUAUCAUUGUCAAGUGAUGAGGAUCUUGGACGUAGUCAGGUGCGAUUCAAAUCAUAUGGGAUGAAGACACAGUCGAGCACUGGGUCGUAUGCAUCGACGAAUUCGAGUGUUUUAUCGCGGUAUUUUCCAAAGCGCUUUUUCAUUCUCAAGUCAUUAUCUCAGUCUGACCUGGACACUAGCGUUGAAGAAGGUUUAUGGGCAACUCAAACACAUAACGAGGGAAUUCUUGAUCAGGCAUACCGCACGAGCCAAGAAGUGUACCUGAUUUUCGGUGUGAACAAAAGUGGCGAGUUCUAUGGUUACGCCAGAAUGGUUAGUCGGAUUUUGCAAGGAGAGCAUAGAGUAUCGUGGGCUGGACAAGCUGACUGUUCACCCUCGCCCCCAGUGUCGUCAGCACAAGGUCGUCGACAGUCGGUCACAGUCUCCGAAGAACAUCCACUUGGUGGGCAAAAAAUAAGUGCGAAGGGAAAAGAACGGAUGUCAACGUAUUUCUCUCCUACUGAACACAGGAUGGUCGAAGGAUCACCAUUACCCCUAUUGCCUUCCCAAACCACUCCUGGUCUUGGCAUUGAUAAGGGUGCUGUCAGUCUCGUUCCUGCUGUUCGCCCGCCUACCGUCACUGCUAGUGGGCGGACCCCUCGGUCAGCACCUGCUGAAUUGGGUGCAACACGUCGUGAAGUUGCUCCUAAAGAGCCUAUCACAAAGUUCAGCCUUAACGAGAAGGCGCGAUCUCCUGCAGAUGAAUUCGCAUUAGACAGGUCUGCCCCGAUCCGCGCGUUGCGAGAUAAGAAAGGGACUGAUGAAUCAAUAUCUGGGACGACAUCAUCUCUACAACCGGUGAAAGAAGAGAAUAAUGGUGGGGAUGGCGAAGAAGAAAAUGAGGUGAAGGAGAAGCGCCUCGGCAAUUCGGAGCCAGAUCAGGGAAUCGUACAGCCAAAAGAAGGAGAGGUCCAUGAAGCAAUUUGGGGCGAGCCAUUUAGAGUGGAAUGGUUGUGCACUGAACGACUUCCAUUCUACCGAACGCGACAUAUGAGGAAUCCGUGGAACCAUGACCGAGAAGUCAAGGUGUCUCGAGAUGGGACUGAAUUGGAGCCGGGGAUCGGUCAACAACUUAUAGAUGAAUGGCUGGCUCUUGCUCACACGGCCUCACAAGGAGAAAGGAGCCGCAAUGCAGGCGGUUCAAGCAGGCGUGCGACGAAAUCGACUCCUGCGAUUCAGCCUGCGGUGACCUCGGGGGGGAGAUGACGGCUUCCAUGGCCAUGACUCAGGCAUUUUAAAGGUUACACCACAUGGUAACAAUGACAAGAAUCGAACUUCAUACACUCUAUUCAAACUGCAUAACACACACGUACAUUGCAUUCAUUUUUACUUACAUUCAUUAUUUCAAUUCUCGACUUCCGAUUACGACGACAGGAAUACUUGUCAUUCACGACACAAGAACUGUCAUUUUAUGGCGCCCCACGAUUAGUUCUACUAAGCUUUGUUUUCUGUUUGCACAUCCCGUUACGCCACCUGUUUAUCGAUUGAUUUCCUCAAACCCGUUUUGUGCCCCUCAUAUAAUGCAACAAUAAUAGGCAUACACUUCCUUAUUACUUAUUGUCCUAGUAUUGCUGGCUUUUAUACACGUCCCGCCUGUGCUUGGGUCAUUUAUGGGCAUGCACAUUAUAAAUUCCGACCAAUG